AUGGGCAUCUGGGAUGCUUUCACCGGCAAGAAACAGCCCACCUCACAAUCACCUCAAUCAGAAACCCUCCAGGACAAUGCGCCAACGACAGUCACCUUCAACCCCACCACCGACGAUGUCUCCUCCUUCAUGACCACACCCGGCGCAUACGACCCCGCCGCGCUACAUCCUCUCGCCGGCCUGAACCAAGACACGCUCGAUUACCUCACCCUCGACGACUCCGCCCUGUCCGACCUCCCCGGCAGCCGCUCCAUCCUGCCAUCGAGAGGCUGGUCAGAUGAUCUCUGCUAUGGUACCGGCGUCACAUACCUCGCCGCGCUAUCAUUGGGGGGUGCAUGGGGUCUGGCGGAAGGCUUGAACAGAUUACCUUCCACCGCACCGCCGAAACUACGGCUAAAUAGUGCUUUAAAUGCUAUCACGAGGCGAGGUCCUUUCUUGGGAAACAGCGCGGGUGUGGUGGCGAUGAUGUAUAACGGGCUUAAUAGCACGAUUGGGUAUUACAGGGGCAAGCAUGAUUCGUUCAAUAGCGUGGCGGCUGGGUCGUUGAGCGGAAUGAUUUUCAGGAGUACCAAGGGUGUACGGCCGGCGUUGAUCUCGGGUGGCAUCGUGGGUUCGAUCGCGGGUGGAUGGGCUUUGACACGCAAAGUCCUCCUCGAAUAA